AUGAACAUGUCCAAGACCAAAGUUAUGACGAACAUCUCUGGUGAAUCGAUCCCAACUAUUAGGGUGGGAAGCGAACCGCUAGAGAUGGUCAAACAAUACGUGUACCUUGGACAUGUUAUAUCUUUUGACAAAACACUCCAAGAAAAGGAGAUCUCCAGGAGAAUCCAGCUCGGUUGGGCGGCAUUCAAUAAACUUGCGGACAUCCUCAAACCCGCUGACAUUCCACAGUGCUUGAAAACUCGCCUCUUUAAUCAAUGUGUCCCGCCCUCCAUGACCUACGGUGCCGAGACAUGGACGCUCAGUAAGAAGGCUGUGCAUAUGAUACGAGUAGCACAGAGAGCCAUGGAGCGCGCCAUGCUCGGUAUUAAGAUGCAAGAUCGAAUGCAUUCAUUGUUUAGAAGAAGUGAACAGCAAGAUGCAAAGGUUCCUUCUGAUACCUACUAA